CCGCUGCCGGCAGUAUGCUGCCUGCCUCGCGCGCUGCCUGCUAGCGGGGCCGGGCGCAGCGGAGCGGCGGCGGCGCAGCCUCGGGCGGGCGGCGGGCUCGGCUCGGCUCGGCUCGGCACCGCGCGGCACCGCACCCCGCCUCGGCUCGGCUCCGCCGCGGGCUCAGCUAUGCGUCGGCUGCUCGGGGACAGGCAGAGACCCCGCCACUGACAGCAGCCGCUCCCUGCGCUCCACACAUCACGUUUGUCUGAGGCGGCGGCAGCAGCAGCAAGGAGAAGGACCUGGGCAUUAACUAUUUCGACUUGGAGACUUUGCUUUAUUUUUGGUUCUUGUCCUUUUCCGUGGAACCAGUAGUCUCUCUCGAGCUGAUCCUCCUUUAAAAAAAAAAAAAAAAAAAAAAAAAGAGCGAGAGAGGGUGGUGGGGGGGGAAGAGCAGCUGGAGUUUCUCCUCAGCUCGUUUUGACUUUUGUGGACGUGGAUCAUCUGGACUGGGAAGGGAAGCCGCGCGGCGCUGCUCUCCCCUUUCCCACCCCCUCGCCCCUCCAGCAGCCUGGGCUGCCGUCUCUCCCCCGAGCAGGACGGGAACUUUUAUUUGCAGCUCGCAGCCCGUGGCGAAUGGUGGGCAUCUCCGGUCCUCUGCAGUAAAAGAUUGAUCUCUGGACUGGUGAGCAUAAUAUCUGUCCCAGUCAGAAAAGGAAAGAGGAAAUUAGAGCGAUUGGUGGAGAAUGAUAUCUGUCAAAAGAAACACUUGGAGAGCACUGAGUUUAGUGAUAGGUGACUGCCGGAAAAAAGGGAACUUUGAAUUUUGUCAAGAUCGCACUGAGAAGCAUUCCACAAUGCCAGACUCACCUGUGGAUGUGAAGACACAAUCCAGGCUGACGCCUCCAACCAUGCCACCUCCUCCCACUACCCAAGGAGCUCCAAGAACCAGUUCAUUUACGCCCACAACGUUAACCAAUGGCACUAGCCAUUCACCAACAGCGUUAAAUGGAGCUCCAUCUCCUCCUAACGGCUUUAGCAAUGGGCCAUCCUCUUCCUCUUCCUCUUCUCUGGCUAACCAGCAGUUACCGCCAGCUUGUGGAGCUAGGCAGCUCAGCAAACUGAAGAGAUUUCUUACAACCUUACAGCAGUUUGGCAAUGACAUUUCACCAGAGAUUGGGGAGAGAGUCCGUACCCUUGUGCUAGGACUUGUGAAUUCUACUCUGACAAUUGAAGAAUUUCAUUCCAAACUGCAAGAAGCUACUAACUUCCCACUGCGACCUUUUGUCAUCCCAUUUUUAAAGGCCAAUCUGCCCCUGCUGCAGCGGGAGCUGCUGCACUGUGCAAGGCUAGCCAAGCAGAACCCAGCCCAGUACCUCGCCCAGCACGAACAGCUGCUUCUGGAUGCCAGCACCACCUCACCUGUUGACUCCUCAGAGCUGCUUCUCGAUGUGAACGAAAACGGGAAGAGGCGAACUCCAGACAGAACCAAAGAAAACGGCUUUGACAGAGAGCCUUUGCACUCAGAGCAUCCAAGCAAGCGGCCCUGCACUAUUAGCCCAGGCCAGCGGUACAGUCCAAAUAAUGGCUUAUCUUAUCAGCCCAAUGGUCUGCCUCAUCCCACCCCACCUCCACCUCAGCAUUAUCGUUUGGAUGAUAUGGCCAUUGCCCACCACUACAGGGACUCAUACAGACACCCCAAUCACAGGGACCUCAGGGACAGAAACAGACCUAUGGGGUUGCAUGGCACGCGUCAAGAAGAAAUGAUUGAUCACAGGCUAACAGACAGAGAAUGGGCAGAAGAGUGGAAACAUCUUGACCAUUUGUUGAACUGUAUAAUGGACAUGGUGGAAAAAACUAGGCGAUCUCUCACUGUCCUACGGCGAUGUCAAGAAGCAGACCGUGAGGAGCUGAAUUACUGGAUACGGCGGUACAGUGAUGCAGAGGAUUUAAAAAAAGGCGGAAACAGCAGCAGUAGUCAUUCCAGACAGCAGAGUCCAGUGAAUCCAGAUCCAGUUUCAUUAGAAUCUCAUCGGGAAUUCCUUCACAGGCCUGCGUCUGGAUACGUGCCAGAGGAGAUCUGGAAGAAAGCUGAGGAAGCUGUCAAUGAAGUGAAGCGCCAGGCGAUGGCCGAGCUGCAGAAGGCGGUGUCGGAGGCCGAGCGGAAGGCUCACGACAUGAUCACUUCGGAGAGGGCCAAGAUGGAGCGCACUGUUGCCGAAGCCAAGCGCCAGGCAGCAGAGGACGCCCUGGCUGUCAUCAAUCAGCAGGAGGAUUCAAGUGAGAGUUGCUGGAACUGUGGCCGGAAAGCUAGUGAAACCUGCAGUGGUUGCAACACGGCACGAUACUGUGGCUCAUUUUGCCAGCACAAGGACUGGGAGAAGCACCAUCACAUCUGUGGACAGACGCUCCAAGCCCAGCAGCAAGGAGAGACACCAGCAGUGAGCUCCUCCGUGACACCCAGCAGCGGGGCCGGGAGCCCCAUUGACACUCCACCAGCAGCUACUCCGAGGUCCACCAC